AUGUUGGCAACUUUACUGGGCUUGUUCUCCUUCGUGGUGAGUGCUAAUGCAUGGGGUCCCUGGAACGAUGGUGGGGGAGAUGGGAAUGGGUACGACUGGAACAACGGUGGAGGGACCGGCAGCAACGAUGAUCACAACGGGUUCGACGACCAGUUUGGUAACAGCGUUAUAUUCGACACCAGGUCUGCGAUGUUCUAUCGCAAUGUCCACGGAAUCCUGGCCGCUUUGGCUUUUGCUGUGCUCUUCCCCAUUGGAGCAAUACUCAUGCGGGUCAUUCCCGGACGGUUUGCUUGGAUUAUCCAUGCGCUCACUCAGGCUGUGGCAUACAUCAUCUACAUUGUGGCUGCUGCGCUGGGUAUCUAUAUUGUUCGAAUGGUCCGUCUUCCACCGAGUGGGUCGAGUCUGUUUCAAGAAUCGCAGUAUAACGCCCAUCCGAUUAUCGGACUGGUAGUGCUCGCAGUCGUCUUCUUCCAGCCCGUUCUCGGUUGGGCCCACCAUGUCAGGUUCAAGCGACUGGGACGGCGGACAGCUUGGUCUCAAGCCCAUCUCUGGGUCGGUCGCGUAGCCGUAACUCUUGGCAUCAUCAACGGGGGCCUUGGCUUGCAACUCGCAGGGGCUGACAAGUCGGUCAUCAUAGCAUAUUCAGUCGUUGCUGGCGUCAUGUGGCUUCUAUGGGCCGCAUCCGCCGUUUUCGGUGAGUUCAGGCGCCGCAGCCGGGACGAGAAGGUUCCCAACCAAGGUCCGAGCCCCCCAUACACGGCUGGCCCUUCGUACGACGGUUCUUCUUUGCCGCCUGGCGGCGUGAACGGCGCGGCCAUCGAAUUGCAAGCGGGAAAACCAGGAGACAGGGACACAUCUCUUUCGUCGGCAUCAACUUAUGGAGCGCCAAGGUCAGGGCAUCGCUAG